GGAUCAGCCCACAAAAGCCCAGAACCCUGAAGGCCCAGCCCAGAAGGGUAUUUGCCACUCGGACUCUGCUGCAGAGCAAAAAUGUCCGAGAACCACAGCUUCUUCUUCUUCUUUCUUUCCACUUUCAGUUCAGCUGCCCUUCUCUGAAAUCCAUUCGUAGAGCGAAAGCAAUGGUGUUGUUGGAUGCUCCUUCCGCCUUCGAUUCUCAGUUCUCGACUUCACGGAUCACAUGUUAGAUGGAUCUCCUAAUUCUUGUGAAUUAGUGGGAUUUUCUUUUGUUUUCUUUGCUUUUCUCGAGAGAGAGAUUGUACCGGUAAUUGAGAAGGAAAAUGGACAAGAUGAACAAGGCGAUGGAGAAGGUAAAGAUGCUGGUGGGCAUGGACGUGGAGGAAGACGUACCGGUUGAAGAGUCCUCUCUUUCUUUCAUGGACGACUUCAAUCGGGAGUGCACUUUGACUACCAAACAGAGGAUUUAUGGGUUUGUCAUAUGCUUGGUUGCUGGUUUAACAUGCACACUCUUGUCAAUUCUUGUCUUCUUCAAUCCAAUCAAGUUCGGAAUAACAUUCACCUUUGGCAAUUUACUGGCUCUUGGAAGCACUGCAUUCCUCAUAGGCCCCAAACGACAAGUGACAAUGAUGCUUGACCCUGUCCGUAUCUAUGCAACAGCCAUAUACAUUGCCAGCAUUAUAAUUGCACUGUUUUGUGCUCUUUACGUUCAUAAUAAGCUAUUGACACUCUUGGCAAUCUUUUUAGAAUUUGGUGCGCUGAUUUGGUAUAGCUUGAGCUACAUCCCUUUUGCCAGGUCCAUGGUUACAAAGGUCAUGGUUGCUUGUUUCGACACCGAAUUCUAGGUACAAUGAAACAAAUUUUCUUGAUCUUGAUGGAAUGAAUCCACAAGAAGUGUAAAUAUAUAUAUAAAAUUUGGCAAGCAACUGUCAAAACUUUUCUGUGAGUUGUGCAUAUUGAGGGCUCCCAAGCCAUUGUAAUCACAUUGAACCUAAUACACAUAGCUGAAACAUAAAUUUUAUGUUUGUGGACAA